UAGGCCCACAUGUACAGCAACAAUAUACGCCGGGAUAUUGGCCAUCUACCGCCCGCUGUCCUCAUGAGCUCGGCACUUUCACGUCGCCGCGCCUCGACGGCAGUUGGCGCCGAAAGGGUGGAAAUUCCCGGGCAGCCCGGGGACCCCUUGCAGCAUGCUGCGUUCCCUGCCUGUAUAAGACGGGGACGAGGAAACCCUCGCGGCCGCUUCAACCUGUUUUGUCGACAGCCACUCUUUGUCUUCCCGUCCUCUCAUUGACGUUGCGACUGGCUGUGCGAUACAGACGAUACCCCCUUCGGACUAGGUUACCAAGCUACAUUCCCUGACUGAGUUGCCCCCGUCACACACAGCCCAACAUGAAGUGGACUGCACAGUCUGCGCUCCUCGCCCUCUCGGCGCUCGCCGAGGCGGCACCGCAGUUCGGAGGCCCAGGCGGCGGCAUGACCAUGUUGCGAUUCGGCUGCCCCAACGUUGUCAUCGACCGGAUUGAUCCUCUCGUCAACCCGGGCCAGAUCCCGUCUCCGCACAUCCACCAGAUCGUCGGCGGAAACGCCUUCAACGUCACCAUGCCCACCGACGACGUCUCCAAGCACGCGACCUGCACGACCUGCCAGUUCGCCGACGACUUCUCCAACUACUGGACCGCCAACCUGUACUUCAAAGCCCGGAACGGGAGCUACAAGCGAGUGCCCCAGGGCGGCCACGCGUACCAGUUCAACGACCGGUUCAGCACACAGACGCAGGGCGGCAUCUUGGUCUACUAUGUCUCCGCCCAGCCGGGCAAGAUUACCGCCUUCAAGCCGGGCUUCCGCAUGCUCGUCGGCGACCCCAUGAUGCGCUCGCGCCCGGACACCAAGCUGAAGCGGCAGAACUGCUACCGCUGCUACACGGGCCCCAACUUCGGCGGCGACACCGGCGCCCCCUGCCAGGACGACCGCGUCGACAGCGAAGCCCUCCCGAACAAGGUCUGCCCAGGCGGCAUCCGCUCCAACAUCCUCUUCCCUACCUGCUGGGACGGCAAAAACCUCGACACGCCCAACCACCAAGACCACGUCGCCUACCCAGUCUCUGGCCCGGCCAACUUCCUAUCCCUAGGCGGCAACUGCCCGUCGACGCACCCGGUGCGCAUCCCGCAGCUGAUGUACGAGGUCGUAUGGGACACGACCCCCUUCAACAACAAGGCCGAGUGGCCGGCGGACGGGUCGCAGCCCUUCGUGCUGUCGACGGGCGACCCGACGGGGCUGGGCCAGCACGGCGACUACGUGUUCGGCUGGAAGGACAACAGCUUGCAGCGGGCCAUGGACACGUCCGGGUGCUUUGGCGCGCAGUGCGCCAGCCUGCGCACGCAGGACAUCAAUACCGCCCGGCAGUGUGCCGUCAAGCAGGCUGCGAGGGAGAACUAUGAUGUUUGGCUCGACAAGCUGCCUGGUGUGGAUAUGCCGAUGUAAGAACACAAUUGAGGCUUUGGGGUUCGGAGCCAGGUGGACGCGGACAGGAUAGAAUGGAAGGGAUGGACCGGAGGGUUGGAAGAUAAUGCUCUGUGGGGAGACAUUCGUUUCAGCAGUAGUA